AGCAAAUAGGGAGAAAAAAUGUUACUGAAACAUAAAGAGACUAUCCACCCAUAGAGAAAUUCUGGGUAUCAGUGGAAGGAGGAAGGCGAGUCUUCAUCCGCCGCUUACAGCUUUUUUUAGCGAUAGCAGGCUUUACUGUGUAACAGGCUGCACUCUUGGGUAGGAUAGCGGCACUAUUUCUUUGAAAUAUCAUUGCAUUAUUAACUCUUGUCUGGGAGUCUUGCACUAGUAGAUACCCUCCCUCCCAGCGCCUGUAACUCGCCAGUUCGUGAUUUAUUCAGGGGUUCCUGUAGUCGGGUAAUUUGUCGCUGAUUUUCUAAAAAAUGCAAAAGAGGAGGAAGCCGGAGCCGAUUCAGCUCAACCCAGCUCCUGAUGGCAACACUGUCAACGGUACCAGCGCCACGGAGACGAAUCUGGAGGCCCUGCAGAAGAAGCUGGAGGAGCUGGAGUUGGACGAGCAGCAGAGGAAGCGUCUGGAGGCGUUCCUCACCCAGAAGCAGAAGGUGGGGGAGCUGAAGGACGACGACUUUGAGAAGAUCUGCGAGCUGGGCGCCGGAAACGGGGGCGUGGUCUUCAAGGUGUCGCACCGCCCCUCUGGCCUCAUAAUGGCCAGAAAGCUCAUCCACCUGGAGAUCAAGCCUGCCAUUAGGAACCAGAUCAUCCGGGAGCUGCAGGUCCUGCAUGAGUGUAACUCCCCCUACAUCGUGGGCUUCUAUGGUGCCUUCUACAGCGACGGCGAGAUCAGCAUCUGCAUGGAGCACAUGGACGGGGGCUCCCUGGACCAGGUGCUGAAGAAAGCAGGGAAGAUCCCUGAGCAGAUCCUGGGGAAAGUCAGCAUUGCAGUGAUCAAAGGACUGACGUACCUGAGAGAGAAACACAAGAUCAUGCACAGGGAUGUGAAGCCAUCCAACAUCCUGGUGAACUCGCGCGGAGAGAUCAAGCUGUGCGACUUUGGCGUCAGUGGCCAGCUCAUAGACUCCAUGGCCAACUCUUUUGUGGGCACGCGGUCCUAUAUGUCUCCGGAGCGGCUUCAGGGUACCCAUUACUCAGUGCAGUCCGAUAUCUGGAGUAUGGGACUGUCCCUGGUGGAGAUGGCAAUCGGCCGCUACCCUAUCCCCCCGCCUGACGCCAAGGAGCUGGAGCAGAUCUUCGGUUGCCCUGUAGGGGGCGACCUGCCCUCCAGCGAGGCUUUCCCCAAACCCAGACCUCCUGGCCGCCCUGUCAGCUCAUACGGCCCGGACAGCAGACCCCCCAUGGCGAUUUUCGAGCUGCUGGACUAUAUUGUGAAUGAGCCGCCUCCAAAGCUGCCAAGUAUAUUUGGUUCAGAGUUUCAAGACUUUGUUAACAAGUGCUUGGUCAAGAAUCCAGCAGAAAGAGCAGAUUUAAAACAGCUCAUGGUAAGCGUUUAUUUCAUCCUGAACUUUACACUCAAAUGUUUCCUAUUUACAAUGCUAUUCACUAUUUGCAAUAGAGACACUACUUAAAAGCAUUUCUGCAGCAGCUGUGGUACAUGCAGAGAUCUUUUUUGUAUUGAGUGCAGUUUAAGGAAACCAUGUUGCUUUGCAAUGGCAAUAUUCAGUGCAUCAGUGCUGUAGCAUUUCAGAUUUAACUUCUGCAGGAGGGUUAACAGACUUGGAAUAGGGGUUCUGUAAUAUGUUAAUAAAGCACAUCCUGAUUCUGUCAUACAGUGCUUAUAAUACAUUUAAUCACAUGUGCACCAUGUUUCCCUUGUUUGAAAUGAUGAAGGGGUUCUGGGAAAACAUGCCCCCCACUUCUAAUUAUAGGUUAAAGUUAAAAACUUCCAACUGGUUCUAUCAUUUGACAUGGGGAUAAAAAUGGGAAGUUUUGUCUUCCCCAAAACAUGUGGUUUUGAGAUUGAAGACAGAAGAAGUUUCAUCUUCAAGUGGAUCAAGAUCAAGUGGGCCAUCAAAUCAAGACCUCUCCAGAAAUGCUAAAAACCAAGCAUUAAAGAUUUCUGAGACUGGUUAUUAAACCUCAGUGUCAAAAUAAGUUCCACACUGAGCACAAAAUCAUGAACUUUGGGAAAGUACUGUAAAUCUCCAUGUCACAGACUUGCAUUUGAGUUCCCAUAAACUGCAACAUGAUGCUGCCCUUGCUGCUCACUAGUCACCAUAAUGACUAACGUACAGGUUGUGUAGCAGACAUUUCACCACAUAAAUGUUCCAGUGAUUUACAUGUAGAAUUAACAGUAUUUGUUGGUGAAACCAUAUUGAAAUCAAAAGCAAUAUUCCUAUCUGAUUAAAAGAGAUGUCAUAGGGGCCCCACGUCACCGGAGGUUUUGUCAGAAUAUUGUGCAAUAGAUGGCUGAAAAUUCUUAUUUAUGUGAAAUGGAGGUUUAACAUGUUAAUGUGUACAUUUUACUUUUACUGCAGGUUGAAAUACACUUAUCAAUGCUCAUUCUAACCCCAAAAUAUAAAAAGUUGCAGUUCCCCUUUAAAGUCCAAGUGGGAACUUUACUCACACUAACCACUUUCUAAGGACGUUCUCACCACUGU